CGAGGUUAACGGGGUGGGACUGGCCGGGGAGCUGACAGCCUGCACUCGCGGGUGCGAGCCCGUCUGCGCAAGGAGCCCUGGGACACGGGGCUUUCCUUCCGGGGAAAGACACCUGGGGCGCACCGUGCCCAGCUGCCCCUGAAAGAGACGUCUCCGAAAGGGACGGGGAAGUCGGACCAUGGCCCACGAGGCCCCUGGGCCGCCGCUGCAGGAGACUCUGUCCUGCUGGGAACGGGAGCAAGCACACCUGAAGGCCAGUGUCAUUGACUGGGAUACAGAAGCUUGGCAGAGGGAUUCAGAUUUUGCUGGUCUGCUUCGGGUCGGGGGUGUUGAUAUAUCCUUCAUUAAAGGGGAUGAUGUCAGAGCCUGUGCCUCUCUAGUGGUGCUCAGCUACCCUGAGCUGAAGGUGUUAUAUGAGGAGUGCCGGAUGGUUAACCUAACAGCCCCCUAUGUGUCUGGUUUCUUGGCAUUUAGAGAAGUCCCCUUCCUGGUGGAUGCUAUUCAGAGGCUACAGAAGAAGGAACCCAGUCUCAUGCCCCAGGUCCUUCUUGUGGAUGGAAAUGGGGUACUCCAUCACCGAGGGUUUGGAGUGGCCUGUCACAUUGGUGUCCUUACAGAUCUGCCUUGCGUUGGAGUGGCCAAAAAACUCCUCCAGGUAGAUGGGCUGAAGAAUAAUGACCUACACAAAGAAAAGAUCCAGCACCUAAAGAUGGGAGGAGACACCUUUCCUCUGUUGUCUGACUCAGGUACCAUCUUGGGAAUGGCCUUGAAGAGCCAUAGCAAAAGCAGCAAGCCUCUGUAUGUCUCUGUGGGUCACAAGGUGAGUCUGGGAGCCGCAGUCCGCCUGAUCCAAGCCUGCUGCAGGUACCGGAUCCCAGAGCCCAUUCGUCAGGCAGACAUUCGAUCCCGAGAAUACAUCCGGAGGACUGUUGAGCUUACCAACUCACAGGAAGGAGGGCAAGAGAGGGGUUAUGAGAGGCUGAGACAGAAGCAGAACCCAACUUUAUCCCCUACAAGAGGCUUAAGAGAGUCUUCAGGAGAGGAAAGGCCUCCUGAGAAUCCCAGCCCAGGACAUCAUUCAUAACUGUGUGACAUAGGGACAGGCCUCAGACCCUAUCAUUGUGAACCAAGAAUGAAAGGAGAGUAGAACUGUUGUGGACACUGUGAAAACUCUGAAUAUCUCUCUGAAGAUAUGGCCAAAGGAAAAGGCAGUUGUGUAGGACCAAAACCUGGCUCUCAGGAAAAGUCUUACAAGAACUCAAUACUUUGUAUGAUUUCAGAACCUUCAAUAACUGCAGUGAGCUUACCCAGCCAUGACAGAAACACCCUCUGCACAGGGCAGUGUGUGUGGUCCCUGUGCUCACCAGACAUGACUCAGGGUAGAAGUGAUUCAGGGCCUUUAAAGAUAGUCAGCCUUCACAAGACAUAACACAGGCCACCUAACUUGUAGUAGCAGCAAUAUUUACCAUGUAGGGUAGGUUAGUUUCUUCUUAACAAGUGUUGAAAUGGCUCUUGAGAAUUGAUUGACCAGAGAACCGAGGCUUGAAAACCAUCAUUGUCACUUCCUGGUGGUCUGAAUACACAAAGCCAGC